AUUGUUUUUGUUUUUCUACAAUAAAAUUAAAUUGUAUUUCAAAGUCUAAAAUUUAAUAAAAAAAAAAGCAAAACUGGAGAAGUGGAAGAGAACACGUAGUUCCACCAAAAAAAUGAGUCAACAUGUCAAAGGUGGUACGCCCGCUGGAGGAGGCGGUAGCUUAUCAUCUGCACCUGAUAAGCACACAGUUUUGGAAGGUGUUCUACACAAUCUUUUCGAAGGCUUAGCUGAUAAAGAUGAGACUGUUCGUUUGGCCAUACAAAGUGCACUAGUCAAAAUACUAGAAACCCAUCCAGUGCGUGCCACAGAUAUAUUAAUUGAAUACAAAGAAAAAAACCCUAAAAUGCCAGAGCAAACGGUUAUCAUAUUGCUAAAAGCAAUUGAACGUGUUGUCAGUGCAAAUGUAUUGGUACCGCCAGAAGCACACAAGAAACUUAUUGAUUUAGCAAUUGAAGAACUGACUCGUUCCACUGAUCACAUGCCCAACAUACAGAAUCACGCACUUUCCAUACUAGUAGCCAUUGGACGUGGCGAUGACUGUAAAAUGGUAAUGGAAGCUUUAAUGGCGCAUACCAAAGAAGGCGCAGUAGGUCAUUUUAUGGUAAUGCAAUGCUUGGGUUCGCUGGCUACGGCGAAUAUACAAGCUGUAGUGCCAUUUAUUAAGCCCAUACUAGCUUCUAUUUUACCAAAUCUCGGUGGUAUUAAAACGGAUCACAUAAAAACAGCACAUGCAUAUGCGAUUGGUCGAUUUAGUGAGGCAUUGUUGGAACACUCCACUUUGCACACUACUGGUGCGAUAACCAUGAACGGUGGUGUUGCAAAUGAUGUAGAAGCUAUUAAUAAUUGUUCCACAGAAAUAUCCGUGGCAUACGAUGUGCUCUUCAACCAAUGGUUGCAUUCAAGAGAACCAAAAGUUUGUGUUGAAAUAUUGCAGGCAUUAUGCACAAUGUAUCCACUGCUGCCGACCGACAAAAUACAGGAUCAAUCACAACGCUUAAUACCACAAAUUUUAGCGCUAUAUCGACGCUCGAUAGAACGAAACUCAGUCACACAAUUUUUGUCAUCUGUUUUGAAAACGAAUAUUUCAUUACAACCCAAUGUACUGGACAAUGUUUCCGAACAGUUAAUAUCGAAUCUCUUCGACUUGGUUUGCGUUUAUCCAGACUACGAGAAACCGCAGACAGUAAAGGGACACUACGAGGUCUUACGUUGCUUUCAUUUGCUCUCCAGCGUUUAUGCUACGAAGAUUAUGGAUACACUACUUAUGCAUUUACGAAAUAACAGUGAAAGAGAACGCAUAAAAUCACUGCUUAUUUUGACUCACCUAAUGAAUACUUCUACCGUGAAUAUCGAAAGUAAACUGGAAGGUUUCAUAGACUGCCUUAAGCAAAUGAUACUUGUAGAGAAAAGCGUCAAGAUGAAAAUGACUUUGCUAAAAACAAUUGUGGCACUGGCUCAGAAAUCCUUCAUCAAGCAGAAAGAAUUUGUGUGGUUCAUUACGCGUUACAGCUGUAAAUAUUCCAAAGUCAAUCAAGAACAUGGCUCACUUGAAGAACAUGCAAACUUCGUGCUAUCCUGUGAGAACUCACUUUUCAUGCUAUCUUCAACCGCCGGUACCAUGGAUGAACUACUUAAACGCGAACUACUGAAUUACUAUGUAUUGUUGGACUACACUGACAUUUGUUCGAAUUUGACUAAAUGUCUCAGUAGUCUAUUUGCUAAAUCACCACAUAUAGAAUAUGAGCCUCUGGAUAUUGACGAAGCUGAGGAAAGAGUAGAUGCUGGUGAUGAUGAACCAGCUGCGUCGAAACAUACGUCAAUUAUAAAACAAGGAAAAAUUAUCGUACCGUGUGCGGAAACAAUUUUUGCACGUUGCUUAGCGUUACUGGGCAACUACCACAACAUCAAACGUGCUACGAACAUUUUAGCCUUUAUGAAGUAUUACUAUCCGCAUUUGAAUCCAGCACUGGGUCCAUUGUGGGACAAACAUAUUUCCGAUUUACUUUUAUGUAUUAAUAAAGAGUCACUUUUCUUCGGUAAAUUGAUGGAGUUCAUUACAGAGACUAUUGAUUUCCUACAAGGACAUGAUGAAACUUUUGCUGAGCGCAUGGUUAACAAAAUGGCAGACCAUUUACUUAUGUACCCAAUUACAAUACCAAACAAUGAAUUCGUUAUACCAAAUCUAAGUGCUGAACGUGGUAUGCUAAUCAAGUGCAUUGGUUUAGGAUUGUGCUCCGUGACUGAUGUACAAGCUAUACACUCGAAAAUAGAAUUAAUCAUAACCUCGGCUAAACAAGAGAAACUGGAUAAGCAUACUAAGCAUACUGAGUACGAAGAAAAGAUUGCGCCCUGUGCACUUGCGCUCGGCUAUAUUUCACGUGUGCACCUGCAGCAUCUCAUCAAAAAGCUUGCUGAAUUAGCACAUAUAGGCGGACGCAAACACUCCACUGGUUUCUUUAGCAAUUUGCAUUUCAUCAAAGAUACACACAAGGAAUUGGAAAAUUAUAAAACGAAUUUGCUAGUUAUAAAAGCGUUUGGUCAUAUAAUGGAUGAAACUGAUCCAUUGUUAAGCCUAUUGAAUUUGGAUGAUACCAUCUUAAAUUUUUUAAUUGCACAACUUACUGGUACAAAGGAUCAGGUACUCAUGUCAGCUAUAUUGAAGACACUGUUAAGCACAUGCAAUCAAAUUAUCGCCAUCAAAGAGGAACUAACCGAACCAUUAAAGUAUCGCAAGCAAAUAAUGGAAGCCGUUUUCAGUAUACCAAUCGAGGCCCCAUUCGAUGAUUUACCAUUGCUACCCACAAUACUCAAAUUGGGCACUGACUUUAUACGCAUAGGUGGCGAUGAUAAUACGGAAUCAGUUGAUGGUGGUGUUAUAUUCGAAAUUGCCUGCAAGAACUUUUUCUCAUGUGCACAAAAUUUGAAGAUGAAAUUUGAUUCUCAGGAGGAGGAUGAACGGAAUAGUUUUCUAGCGAAGCAUUUGAACGAAUCAUUACCUGAAUUAAAUGCACUUGUUAAAGUUAUUAUUGAAAUGGAUCCAUCACCUGCUACGUUGGAUUUAAUUAUACUUAUAUUGGAAACAUGGACAAGAGAUAAAAAUUCCGAAGUACGAAUUUGUUCCAGCCAUGUUUUUAACCAUACUUUAGAUGUUUAUAUAAAAUCCAUGAAGAUUGGCUGCGAAGCACCUUCUAAAUUUAAUCAAACUGGACUAAUGCUUGGCAAAAUUGUGCCACGUUGCAUAGAUUCAAAUGGCACUGUUAGACAGGUUUCAGUUGACAUAUUACAGAAAACAUUGGAAAUAUCUUGUAUAUACGAAACUCUUACGAUUGCUGAUAGUGAAAGUCCGUGGCUAAAAGAGAUUGAGCUUAUUAAGGAGAAAAUCAUUACCGAUGAUCCAAAAUUGAUAUAUAAUUUGGCUGGAGAUAUAGCAAAAACUAUAGCUAUGCGUAUUUCAAAUUUUCAGUAUUUACAAUUUUGUCAAACUCUUUUACGCGGCUUACGUGAUCCGGAACAAAGUUCAUCAAUUGGAGCUUCUGUAGUUCUUAAGUUCUUUGUACAACAAAAGGGUUCUGACUUGUUCUAUGCGAUACCUGAUAUAGUUAAAGACUGUUUAGCGGCUUUACAAAACUGUGAAGUGAAUCGUGCGAAGUCAGGCGUUCUUAAAGCACUAGUAGCCCUAACCAAACAUCAUCCGAAAUUGGUUUGUGCAGAAAUGCUACAGCAACAUUUGCCCUACGAAGAGAACAUAAUUGAAUAUUGGCAUUUACUCUGCUCUGAUACAGAACUUACUAGUAUAAUUAUUGACGAUUUUCUGCAAAUACUCACAUCCUCUUGCUUCUUCGAAUCCAAUGAAGCACCAACGGAACGUCAAAAAAUUGCCAGCGUGCAACCAUUUGCCAUAUUCUGUGCACUGAGAGAAAUGUUGCCUUGCAAAGAAAUUAAGGAGGAACUCAAUAAAAAGUUUCCGGAACUAUUUACCAUGUUACUCACAUCAUUAGCUGCUUAUACAAACCUUGCACCACCAAUGCAUACAGGUCAGCGCAGUAUUUCACCAACAAAUACAACUUCAUCGCAUACGAAUGCCACAACCAAUACAACAAAAUCAAAAUUCGGUUUUGUACCCAAUAAAGAUUCCGUAAAACUAAAUCCAUGCCAAAUUGUUUUGGAUACAUUUCAAUCAUUUCUAAACAAUCUGGGUAUGGAACAAAUCUCGACAGUUCUAACAGUACACACAAAACUUGGUUCCAGCGCUGAUUUAACCAAUUAUAUUGAAUUACUAACUCCAAUGGCUAUAGGUUUAGUUAAUCAAUUGGAAGUAUCUUCUAGCGCUAUGAAGCAGGUGGUCAAUGCAUUAAGUAAAUAUGUCUCAUCACCAUACGAUGGACAACGUGUGGCAGCCGUGGGCUUGUAUUCACGUUUAGUGCCACUUAAACCAUGUGGUGACAUCUCAUCAACUAUAAUGGCUCACUUGACUUCGGCACUAAGUGAUCCAAAUGCAACUGUACGCGGCUUAAGUAUACAAGGUUUGGGUUAUGUAGGACAUCUAACUGAACGUGAUAUUGAGAAACACACUGAGACUGCUAUAACCGCACUUUUAAAGGGCAUAGAUGACACUGUUAGUGAUUGUCUAAUCAAUAUACCAUUGGAGAGCAUGCGUGGACUUUCACGUAUAUUGCAGGCUUUACCCAGUGAUCGUGUGGAAUCGUUUCAUGUUUCUCUUGCGAUUCGUAUACGUCCUUUCUUUGGUAGUUAUUCAAUUGAAAUACGUGAGGCAGCCGUUAUACUUUUUGGUGAUCUCUGUGAGUCUAAAAUGUCAUUAAAUGACGGUAGCGUAUCGCCCAAUUCCUCGACAGAAGCUUUACGUGAGCAAUUGUUCGCUAAUUUCUUUCCUUUGCUUUUGCAUUUGAGUGAGGGAGAGGCGACGAUCAUAAGAGCGUGCAAAGGUACUCUACGUAAAGUUUGUGGCCUGCUCAAUUCCACCAAAGUCAAUGAUAUGGCACAGAAGCAUUUAAUUGAUCACGGGCAACUUAACUAUAGUGUAUUUGUAUUAGACUUUGUUAAAUUAAUUGCUAUAGAAUUACCCGAGCAUAUACAAGAUUUCAUUGAUUCGUGCAUACCAAAAUUACGUAGCCAAUGGCCUGAAGUACGUGGCAGUGCGGCAAUAGUUAUAGGUAUAUUGCACAAUUUCUUAACAGAACGAAAUGCGCAAACAGAAUCAGUUGGUAAUAAAAUUGCCAUUCUGCUGAAGGAUGAAAACCACUUCGUGCGUAUCAAAGCUGCAACGGCAUUAGGUUACUUCUUUGGUGAUAUCUAACAUUGAAAAAUCAACAUUUCAAUUAAAAAUGGAAACAGUGGACCUAAAUUUAUUUCUUUAAUCGUAGUCUAUAUUUUGUGAUCCUUGUGUGAAUGUGAUUUACCUUAAGCUAAUUAUUGUAUCUUUUGUCAUUAUGCCAUUGCAUAUGUUAUUAUGUAGUCGUAGAGAAUAUACAUUUAGUUAUUUAAGUAUAAAUUAACAAAUGUUUAAAGAAAUUUUGUCAAAAUUUUUUUUUACAUAAUUUAACAAUCCUUAAACUACUCCGCAGAGCACUUUGCUUAGUUAUUUAUUAAUUUUUUCAAAAUUCAUUAGUCAUCAAAA